UGAAGAGUAAAUAUGGUUGCUAUCGUAGCCCUCCUCAACCAUAGCUCUGUCUUCCAUCUCCUGCAAUUCCAUCUCCUCUUUCUCAUGCGCAUCUGAAACUCAUUGCGCUAUUCAUGUCUAGUCUGCGGCCAUCAUUUUCUUCGUGAAUCCCCUUCCAGCCUCCUCCAGUACACGACCGUUCUCGAGCGCAUCAUAAAGCGCAUCAUUCACCUCUCACUUUAACACGCCGUGUGGCGCAACACAGACGUGGCCUCUGGCACAGGAGGCGGCCAAAGACAUGUCGUAUCCGCCGGUGACGCCGUUACGGCCGACUCCUGGACUGUUCCCAAACACUCCUGCGCCUGCGCGGACGCCCUCAAAUGCUGGUCUCGCUAGACCGCCUGCCUUUCGAGCUCCCUCAUUCUCAGCACCUGUGGCACAGCGUGUAGGCUCUGGUACGAAUCUGGGGGGCAGUGUCGUGCAGCCUGCACCGCAGACACCAGCGCGAGAUUUGACGCCCGUCGAGCGAGCGGCCGAUAUCAUAGAGCGACAACUGAAGAGAGAAGAUGGUUAUCCUUCUCUGGAAGCGUUUAUCACGCAGGGCGUGUCAGACUCGUACAGCAUGCCCAGCAAUGAUGCGUGGGCGCCCUACCAGAAAGUCAAGCAGUAUAACAUCCCCGAUCGCGUGUUCGAGGAGUACAACAAUGCCGAAAUGCAGACGAUGAUGGGUAUAUUCGCGGAGCUCCACCACGCUUGGGUGGUCAUCGACAACGCACUGUACCUUUGGGACUACACACAUCCGAAUCCCGAACUGAUUGGCUAUGAAGAGUUGACGCAGAUAAUCAAUGGGGUAGCUCUGGUCAAACCAAGAGCUGGUGUCUUUGUGAAAGAGAUUACCCAUCUGCUGGUUGUCACAACGCCAUCAGAUUUGCAUUUGAUCGGCGUGGCUGCUUCGCAAAAUGCUGCAGGCAUCACAAGCCUUUCACUUUAUCAGACAGGAAUGUCUGUCUCGAUGAAGGGAGUGUCGGUUGGUUGCGUUGCGGGCUCCGAUGCGCAAGGACGGAUCUUUGUGGGCUCGAGCACAUCAAAUGACAUUUACGAGAUCACAUAUCAAAAGGAGGAGCAGUGGUUCUCCAGCAAAUGCUCAAAAAAGCUCCAAACAGCCAGCCAGAGCUUUGAUGUCUCUAAGCUGUUUUCAUCUUUCUCUGGAAAAGCUACGGUGGAUGGUGUCGUUCAGCUUACCGUUGAUGAUUCGAGAAGUCUGCUAUAUGCACUCUCUAGCAGCUCAACAAUCCGUGUUUUUCACCUAAGACAUGCACAGUCGUUGCCUUGCCUAAUUACAAAGACGCUAUCUGAGGUCACUACUGCUAUAAGUCAUAUGAGACUACCGCUACGGUUCACGGAGGGCCAGAUGCGUAUUGUUUCCAUCUCUCCGAUCGCUGCAAACGAAUCCGAGGGCUUGAACUUAGUUGCGACAACCAACAAAGGCAUUCGUAUCUUCUUCAGCGCAACAUCAGGAUACAUGCCGAUGGGCGUAGACCGAACGCCAAAUAGCAUGCAACCUCAACACGUCCGAUUACCUCCAUCUCCGGAAGGAGCAGAGCCACCACUGUCUGCGCCGUCCGCGUCGAGCUUACAAGUUGGCCCUUACCAAGGAAAUGAGAACACACUAAGCGCGCCCAUGCCGACUGAAAAGAGCGUGCGCUUUCCGCCGGGCUACUUCCUUGCUACAAGUCCAGAUGGUGAUCUUGACAAACUGUUUCUUUCCGCGCCUGAAAUUGUUCCGACGAGCAGAGGCCUUGAGCCCGGGAGACUACAGCAGUAUGCCGAAACUGGCCAGUGGAUUGCCCUGCAAAGUAAGACACAACAGAUUGGUCUCAUUGGAAAGCCUUUUGCUGCCUCCUCGCGGCCUCUAGGCUUUGGCAAUGAGCUUGCUGUGCAGUUCGAUGUGGCUGCCACUGAGGUGGCUGUCCUGACAAAUACCGGCGUCCACACUUUCCGGCGUAGAAGACUAGUAGAUAUAUUUGCUGCGUCGCUACGCGCGGCCAAUAUAUCCGAGGAACUGGUAAAGGAGGAAAUUAAACACUUUAUCAAGCAAUACGGUCCCCGAGAGAUAUCAGCAACUGCCCUUGCUGUGGCUUGUGGUCAGGCAGUAGAUGUGACAGCUGAUUCCCGUGUGGCAAAGAUCAACGAUGACGACGUGUUUCGUAACGCACGGAAAGCCUUCAUCGAUUUUGGAGGACAGCCCAGAUUAGAAGAGGCUGAUGUGACUUCGAACGGUUCUGCGAUUGACAGUGUCAAGCCGUCGUACCGCGCUGACGGCUUGACAAUCUAUGUUGCACGUCUCGUGCGAUCGCUAUGGAGAACGCCCAUCAUGAAAGAGACCGUCAAUCCUCAGGGAGGUAUGAAGAUCAGUUCGACUAUCCCAAUUUCGAAACUCCAAGGUGUCCAACAAGAUCUCAACCGUCUCCAGGAAUUCCUAGAGAUGAACAAGACUUACAUCGAGGGUCUAUCUGGGCCUGAAGCACUCAGUCGUGCAACCUCGAAGCAGGAUGAGAUUGCACUUCAGGGUGAACACAGAAUUUGGAACUCUAUGAUGAAAACAAUAGCAAACAUAAUUGAGGGACUUGCGUUCGUUAUGGUUCUAUUUGAAGACCCUGUCGAAGAAAUCGUCAUGCUGGUUGCCGAAGAGUCCCGCGCAAGGGUCAAAGCAAUGACCUAUCAACUUCUGUUUUGCUCUCCGGAAGGUCGAGACCUGGCCAAGGAGCUUGUCAAGGCUAUCGUCAAUCGAAGCAUUGCGCGUGGAUUGAACGUUGACACUGUUGCCGAGGCUUUGCGCCGGCGAUGUGGGUCUUUUUGCAGUGCUGACGACGUCGUUAUCUUCAAGGCCCAGGAACUCUUGAAAAAGGCAUCGGAGGCAGGCUCGUCCUCCUCCUCGAGUCGAUCGCUUCUCAAUGACAGCUUGAAGUUGUUCCAGAAGGUAGCUGGAAGCCUGACAAACGAAAAUUUGACGAAAGCCACAGAGGCGUACAUCGCCAACGGCUUCUAUGCUGGUGCAAUCAGACUUCUCCUAACCGUAGCGGAACAAGUUGAUCGGGCUAAUGCAGCGUUAUCUUGGAUUCGAGAUGGCCAGCCUGAUGGAGACAGUCGCCAGGCAGCAUAUGAGAAGCGUAGAGACGCAUAUAGACUCAUCUGCCAAGUUAUCACGGCAGCGGACCAAGCUUUCUCCCAAGCAACCAGUGCUGAUGAGUUCACACUGUCUACCAUGACGACACGCAAACAGGAAGCGUAUACCGAGAUCAAUCAAUCGGACGACGAAGUAUUCCAAACUUAUCUCUACGAAUGGUAUCUCAGUCAGGGCUGGUCUGAACGACUACUGGAACUGGACUCUCCACAUGUGAUCAAUUAUCUCAAGCGCAAAUCUACUGAGAGCAUUCAGCAUGCGGACCUGCUCUGGAGGUACUACGCCCGCUACCACUCGUAUUUUGAGGCUGCCAAGGUCCAGCUUCAGCUUGCCAAGAGCGAAUUUGACAUCAAGUUGCCGGCGCGAAUCGAGUACUUGAGUCGUGCGAAGGCCAAUGCUAGCGCACGGACGAAUGGGCUUCAAGAAUUCGGCCGAAGCAAGCAGAGUAGGCAGGAAGUGGUGAGAGAUAUCAACGACUUGCUGGACGUUGGCAAUAUACAGGAGGAUGUAUUGAGGAGGCUUCUCAACGACAAGAGGUUGAUGGGCGAUGAGGAGAAGAGGAUGGAAGUUGAGAGAGAGCUGGAUGGACAGAUCCUGAACCUUGAUACCCUCUAUUCCGACUACGUGGAUCAGGCGAGCUAUUACGAUCUCGCUCUCAUAAUCUAUGACCUGGCAGAUUAUCGAAAUGCGGCCGACAUCCGUCGCGUGUGGAACAGCCUUGUCAAACAAGUUCACGAGGAUGCUCUAGAGUCUGGCCGUGCAUCACCACGCGAAGCCGUCGCUGAAUACGUUCGAGAUCUUGGACAACGCCUCAAGUGCUCUGUCAUCACAUUCCCAAUCCCGACUAUACUUCCAAUCCUCCUCCAGUACUCACUUGAGAACCGCGACAGCUCCCACGACUGGACCACGGCUCUCCUUCUCGAUUUAGGUAUCCCACAUGAAGCUAUCGUGACAACGCUUGAAGAUCUUUUCUACAACCAAGAACCUCCUUGGCGUGAAAAGAAGUACAAAACUGCCGUAGCGAAGCUUCUGGCGGCCGAUCUGGCAGCGUGGUGCGAAGAAAGCAGGAGGGGUGGCGGCGUGCCAUUCGGCAGCGAAGAGAAUGGCGCUGUGGCAUUGAACAUGGUGAGAGGGAUCCUUGAGGGAGGAGUACUUGUAGGCAGAGAUAAAGAAAUGAUUGAGAGGGUGAAGGAGCUGGUAGAGAGAGUCGUGUUCUAAUGGAGGAAGCGUGGAAGAGAUAUUAGCCAGGACGUGGGCACGCAAGCAGGCUCACAUCGUAGAUGCUUUUGCCAAGCUGUCCCUGAAAGACUGAAGUGACGCUUAAGAUGAGACAAUUCAUCUCGUAAAGCAACAUUGACACUGGGAUGGAUAUAACAAGGCAACGGGUUUGAAGAAGAGUAGGCUUAUGCAUUUUGCAUUUGAGCGAUUGGUGUUUCGGGCGCGCGCAUUUCAUAUGGAUAAAGCAUUGCGAGGCUGACCUAGGCCCCAAGCCACUGCAACAACCAUGUACGGUGUGAAGCUGCUGGCUGGGCAUUAAUCGAUUAGACGAUGCACAUUUGCGGGAUACAUGCUUCAAUUCAGUUUCUUCGCCUCCCUGUCCCUCAUAGACGCAUGUAUUAUACUGCUCAGGCGCAUGAACAUGUCUAUUCCCAUGAAGAUAGCUGUGCAAAUAGUUAGCGUUGGAAAGUACAGCUCUAUGCACUCGGAAUGGCUGCUUACAGACG